CAUAUCUUGGACUGACACUUAACACACUUUCAAUAUUCAAAGCAUGUUCAAACUUAUAGCAACUUCUGAGUUCAGCAGCGUUUCCUGAGAAUCAAUCUUUCAUUUGAACUGAAUGAAUAACAGCAAAUGAGAGUUAAGAUAAUUGUUAUUCUUCUCAUUCUCACGUCUCUUCCUGAUAGAAGUGAAAGAAAUUUCAGAGCUGCUGUUCAACACAACACUUCAGAGGAAGACAAAGACAGAUGUUCAGACACUGAGCUGUGAGUGGGUGAAGGACGAUGGCGUCUGUUGAAGAGCUGCUCAUGAACUCACUGAAGGACCUGUUAGAAGCUGAACUGAAGGACUUUCAGUGGUACUUACAGAAAGAUCAUGAGUGUAUAUCAAAGAGUGACAUGGAGAAUGCAGAUAGGGUAAAUACAGUGGAUAAGAUGGUGGCGUGUUUUGGACCAGAAGAUGCUGUGAAGAUCACGGUCCGCAUCCUGGGGAAGAUGAACCAGAAUAACUUGGCCGAACAGUUAGAGAACAAACACAAGAAAGCUCAGGCUGAGUGCAAUACGAACACAUCUAUCCCUGUUGGAGCUGAUUCAGAGCUGCAAAACUUCUUGAAAACUCACAAAAACAACAUGAUGAAGAAAGCAAAAAUUAUUUUUGAGGGCAACAAAGAAAACAACACAGAUCUCAAAACUGUUUACACAGAACUGUUUAUCACAGAGGGAGAUAUGAAAGAUGUCAAUCAUGAACAUGAGAUUCUGAAGAUUGAUGAUGCUUUCAAGAACAAAAAAACACAGGACAAACCAAUCAAAUGUAAUGAUAUAUUUACUGAACUGAGGAAAAACAAUGAGGAGAAGAUUGUGCUGACCAAGGGAGUCGCUGGCAUCGGAAAAACUUUCUCAGUGCACAAAUUCAUCCUGGACUGGGCAGAAGGAAACACCAAUCAGGAUAUAAAGUGUGUGUUCCUGCUUCCAUUCAGAGAGAUCAACACAGAAAUAUUUUUUGAAGACAGAGAGGUCAAUCUCCAUGAGUUUCUGCUGAAAUUUUAUCCUGGAUUGAAGGACCUGGAGAAAUCAAAGUUAUAUAAGGAACAUAAGAUAGCAUUUAUAUUUGAUGGACUUGAUGAGAGUCGCCUGCCAUUGAACUUUAAAAGCAAAACACUGGAAACUGUUGAGGAAAGAGCACAUGUGGAUGUGCUGUUUACAAGUCUGGUCAAAAGUAAGCUGCUUCCAUCAGCUCUGGUCUGGGUGACAUCACGACCAGCAGCAGCCAAUCAGAUCCCUGCUCGGUAUGUGGGUUUGUUCACAGAAGUGCGAGGAUUCACUGACCAACAGAAGGAGCAGUACUUCAGAAAGAGAAUCACAGAUGAGACUCAGGCCUCCAGAAUCAUCUCACACAUUAAGACGUCUCGUAGUCUCUAUAUCAUGUGCCACAUUCCUGUCUUCUGCUGGAUCACAGCCACAGUACUUCAGGAUAUUCUUAUCAAGAACAAUGCAGAGAACAUCAGCACAACACUCACUGAAAUGUAUAUUCACUUCCUGCGGAUACAGAUGGCCAUGAAGAGCAAGAAGUAUGAUGAACAGGAAAAAAGAGAACAUUCAGACCAUUUAAAAUUAAAUAGAGAAAUGAUUUUGAAGUUAGCCAAGCUAGCAUUUGAACAGCUGAAGAAGGAAAACAUUGUGUUCUAUGAGAAAGAUUUGAAAGAAUGUGGUAUUGAUGUGAGUAAAGACACUGAGUUCACAGGAAUGAUUGCUGAGAUCUUUAAGAUGGAAGAUGGACUUUAUAAGACAAAGGUCUUCAGCUUUGUGCAUCUGAGUGUUCAAGAGUUCCUCGCUGCAGUGCAUGUGUUCAUCUGCUACCUGAACAAGAAUACAGAGGAGCUUCAGUUUUUCUUUGAAGAUUCACAAACUACAUUCAGACAAAAGCUUCAGUUCUUCUUUAGAAAUGUCACAUUUUAUGACUUAACAAAGAGGGCCAUUGAUAAAGCAAUGCAGAGUGAGAGAGGACAUCUGGACCUGUUCCUGCGGUUUCUGAUGGGCAUUUCACUGGAAUCCAGUCAGAACCUGCUCAAAGGCCUGAUCACACACACUAAAGACACCAGUGUGAGCAUCAGACAAACAGCUGAAUACAUCAAACAAGUACAAGACAAGAAUAUCACAGAUGAGGCUUCAGUCAACCUAUUCUACUGCCUACUUGAGCUCAAGGAUCAUUCAUUAUAUGAGGAAAUCCAGAGUUACCUCAGUUCAGAUGCACAUCCAAGAAGAGACCUCUCAUCUUCAAUGUGCACAGCGUUGACCUCAGUACUGAUGAUGUCAGAGAAGGUGCUGGAUGAGUUCAGUCCAAAGAGGUUCACGUCGUCAUCUUCAAACUACACAAGACUCGUUCCAGCUGUGAGAUGCUGCCGAAAAGCCCUAUUUGACGGCUGUGGUCUUGAUGAAACAUGCUGUGAAACUGUGUCUUCUGCUCUACAAUCAUCAAACUCUCAUCUGAGAGAGCUGGACCUGAGUAGCAAUCAACUGCAGGAUUCAGGAGUGAAGCUGCUUUCUGAUGGACUGAAGAGUUCACACUGUCAACUGAACAUACUGAGGCUAUGUGGAUGUAAUCUCACUGCUCGGUCCUGUGACAGUUUGUCUUCAGCUCUACAAUCCUCAAAUUCCCUUCUAAAUGUGCUGGACCUGAGUAACAAUGACCUGCGGGAUUCAGGAGUAAAGCUGCUUUCUGAAGGAUUAAAGAGUCCUUACUCUAAGCUGGAGAUAUUGAGAUUCUCCAUCUGUAACCUCACUGCUCAGUCUUGUGGGAGUUUGUCAUCAGUUCUACAAUCCUCACACUCUGUCCUGAGAGAGCUGGACCUGAGUAACAAUGACCUGAAGGAUUCAGGAGUGAAGCUGCUUUCUGAAGGUCUGAAGAGUCCAAACUGUCAGCUGGAGAUACUGAGAUUCUCCAUCUGUAACCUCACUGCUCAGUCUUGUGGGAGUUUGUCAUCAGCUCUACAAUCCUCACACUCUGUCCUGAGAGAGCUGGACCUGAGUAACAAUGACCUGCAGGAUUCAGGAGUAAAGCUGCUUUCUGAAGGUCUGAAGAGUCCAAACUCUAAGCUGGAGAUAUUGAGAUUUACCACCUGUAAUCUCACUGCUGAGUCUUGUGGGAGUUUGUCAUCAGCUCUACAAUCCUCACACUCUGUCCUGAGAGAGCUGGACCUGAGUAACAAUGACCUGCAGGAUUCAGGAGUGAAGCUUCUUUCUGAUGGCUUGAAGAGUCCAAACUGUCAGCUGGAGAUACUGAGAUUGUCUGGCUGUAUGGUGACAGAGGAGGGAUGCUGUUAUGUGUCUUCAGCUCUGACUUCACACCCCUCAUGCUUGAGAGAGCUGGAUCUAAGCUAUAAUCACCCUGGAGAUUCAGGAGUCAAGCUGCUCUCUGAAAAACUGGAGGACCCAAACUGCUCACUGGAUAUAUUCAAUGUGGAUCAUGGAGGAGAAUCCAGGAUUACAGCAGGACUAAAGAAAUGGGUCUGUUUUCUCACACUGGAUCCAAGUGCAGCACACAAUGGACUCAUUCUGUCUGAGGAGAACAGAAAGGUGACACGUGUGAUAGAUGUGAGAGAGAAACAGUCGUAUCCUCAUCAUCCAGACAGAUUUGAUGAUGUGCGUCAGGUGUUGUGUAGAGAGAGUGUGUGUGGACGCUGUUACUGGGAGAUUGAGUGGAGUGGACGUGAUGGUGUGUGUAUAUCAGUGUCAUAUAAGAGCAUCAGCAGGAAGGGAUCGGGUGAGGACUGUAGGUUUGGAUCUAAUGAUCAGUCCUGGAGUUUGUUCUGCUCUUCUUCCAGUUACUCAUUCAUACACAAUAACAUUAUGACUGAUCUCUCUGUGAAGUCCAUCAGCAGUAGAAUAGGAGUGUAUGUGGAUCACAGUGCAGGAACUCUGUCCUUCUACAGCGUCUCCAGAAACACAAUGAGCCUCAUCCACACAGUCCAAACCACAUUCACUCAGCCGCUCUAUCCUGGGUUUGGGUUUUAUUAUUAUGGAUCAUCAGUGAAACUGUGUUGA